AAGGAAGUGGCAAUAAACACACGCACAUAGAGAGAGAGAGAACAGUACCUACCCAAAUGCAUUUUAUGAGGUGGUCGAAUAUAAAGAAAGAAUAAUUGCAGAAAAAUGGCAUUUCUAAGGUCAGUGGCAACUACAACAACUGCCAUAGCUGCUUCUGCUAUCCCUGCAGCCUUCGCCUAUUCUUCUCUUUCAUCUUUUUUCUCUCAAUCUCCCCAAUCCCCCAAACCCCCAAACGCAGCCUUCACUUUCAAACCGAAUCGGUUGGGCCUUGUCAAAUCACUCGCUACCCCUCCCUCAGCUCUUCACAUGGACCACAAACCCUCUUCUCAGGUUCGCCCGCAGACUGAUGCUGUCUUGCCCGAGUUACUGACGGAGUACAUGGUGGAUAUGAAAUGUGAAGGUUGUGUUAAUGCGGUCAAAAAUAAGUUGCAGACGAUAAACGGAGUGAAGAACGUAGAGGUGGACCUGAGCAAUCAGGUUGUUAAGAUUCUUGGUUCAACUCCAGUGAAGACCAUGACUGAAGCUUUGGAGCAGACUGGUAGAAAAGCACGAUUGAUUGGACAAGGAGUGCCAGAAGAUUUCUUAAUAUCUGCUGUUGUUUCCGAAUUCAAAGGUCCAAGUAUUUUUGGUGUUGUUCGUCUUGCUCAAGUAAAUAUGGAACUGGCUAGAAUUGAAGCCAACUUCAGUGGGUUGUCACCAGGAAAGCAUGGUUGGUCUAUUAAUGAGUUUGGAGAUUUGACUAGAGGUGCAGCAAGCACCGGUAAAGUGUUUGAUCUGAUAAAUGAGGAAAACACUAAAGAGCCACUGGGCGACCUGGGAACACUAGAUGCUGACGAAAAGGGUGAGGCCCUCUACACUGGGGUUAAAGAAAAGCUGAGGGUGGCUGAUCUUAUUGGACGAUCAGUGGUGGUAUAUGCAACUGAAGAUAAAUCUGAACACGGUAUAGCUGCUGCAGUGAUAGCCAGAAGUGCAGGAGUGGGUGAGAACUAUAAAAGACUCUGUACGUGUGAUGGCACCACCAUAUGGGAGGCUAGUGACGGCAAUUUUGUUACUAGCAAGGUCUGAUAAAGUAAUUCCAUGAUAGCAAAGCAUUGUAAUUUAGAUGCCUUGUCGUCCUCCAGAAAUCCGUAUAUUUUGAGGGCUCUAUACCGUUAGGAAAGCAAUGCAUCUGUCUCUCAUUUAUAAUAAAUUUUUAACAUAAAUUAUGAACUUGUUUUAUUUUACUUUAUUUAUAAUAAAUUUGAGAGAUGUCUCUUGAU